AUGGCACGCUACCAGCUCAUUGGCUCGCUCCUUCUCCUGGCCAUCUUGGCCGUCAGCUGUGGGGCACAGGCGCCAUCUCGCCGUCUUCGAUUUGGUCGCCUGCGGCAGGUGUCCUUCGCCAGGCAGGAGGUGCUGCCCACUCCAUACCCUGCGGCUGCUGAUCUAAAACCAGCCCCAGAAGAGCCAGCACUCACCUAUGGAGCGCCCCAGGAUGCCGAUGUUGAUCUGAAUGUGAAUGCAAAUGCCUUGCCAGAGGAUAACUCUGAGCCGAACCCCGAGGCCGAGGAAGUCGACACCGAGGAGAGCUCCCUGGAGGUUACCACCCCAACGGUUGCCUCAGCUCCUGCCCGCCUGCGAAGCCGCCAGAGAUUGGCCAAGCUCCAGGUGGCACCCGCCAAGCGGCAGCGUCAGCUUCAGCGCACGUCCCGCCUCGAGGAAUUGCCAGUGGAGGAGGCUGUCGCCCCCCUUCCUGCUCUGGCCGCACCCCAGGUCUACUAUGUCGGAGCCCAGCAGCAACCCUACAUCCUUGCCUACACUGCAGCUCCCCAGCAAUUUGGCUGGUAA